AGGAACCUUACACAAGUGAGAUAUUCAUGGGUUGUUUGAUAACUGAACAAUUCCCAAGUCCAUCAUGUGCUUGAAUUCGUUUAUGGUCGAUGAUAGCUUUCGGGAUCCAGCCGGCCCGCUUUCAAAAAUACGGGUGUUCCUGUAGUCGUGAUGUGAUGUGCAAAACUGCUGAAUAUAUAUGGUAAUCUUGGCCGCGUUUUGUACAAUUCAGGGUACUUGUUGAGAAACCGUUGACAGAAUGGGGCGAUUCUGUUCUUAACAGUAACUGGGGAUAAUCUUCAAAAAGAAAAGGAAGUGUCAAAGACAGACAAUUAUUUAUUUCCAUCUACUAACCUCUUUUUGCGCGUGUCGACCAGUAGAUUAUGGUGUUUCAGCAGGUCUAUACCAAUGACUGGUGCAGAAAUAUCUGCAACAACGGAAAUCCAGUGCAUGCAUUUACGAAUGCUGCGUUUACUUUGCAAAUCCUUGUCUUUACACCUGUAUCGGAUCCUCCUUGUUCAUCGAUGAAACUGCCCAGGAAAGCGAAUGUUUCCAACUCUUUAUCAAUUGUAGAUAAUUAUCAUUAUUUCGAUCUGGCACACGAAUUGACCUUAAUUACACCGUUCAUAAAUCAACAGGCUGUCCAUUUAAGAAAUAUUAAAAAUUCCCGGCUGAUGCAUUGGAUCGCUGUAAUAUAUGUACUACUUAAACAACUAGUGAACUAGUAUACUUAAAACUUUCUUUUAUCACAUGUUUGUUUUCUGCACGUUUAACGUUAUUACUUAUAUCAAAUUGAUCAUGCC